GUGGAGCGCUCAGCGGUUGGCACUGCCUCCGUGGGCGUGGGGCGCUCGGCGGUAGCCACAGCAUCGGUAGCAGCGGGUCCCUCCAGGCCGGCCAGCGCCCGGCCCUCAGGGAUGGGCGAAGAGAUGGAGCCGAGCGGGAGAUCCAGGGAGCCCAGCACGGAGAGGAGCCGAGCCCAGCUGGGCCUCGCCAGCCCCUCCACGGAGCAGGGCAAGUCCCGUUCCCAGAGCCAGCGUGGAUCUAGUGCGGCAUCCAGAGCCGCCACGGCUCCCAGCUCCCCCGAGCGAUCUAGAGCCUCCGUGGGCGUGGGGCGCUCGGCAGUGGGCACCGCCUCCGUGGGCGUGGGGCGCUCCCUACCAUCCACUGCUUCGGUGGCAGCGGGUCCUUCCAGGCUGGCCAGCGCCCAGCCCUCGGGGAGAUCCGGGGAGAGGAGCCGAGCCCAGGUGGGCCAUGCCAGCCCCUCCAUGGAGCAGGCCGGGUCCCGUUCCCAGAGCCAGCGUGGAUCUAGUACGGCACCUGGGCCAACGGGAGCGACCAUGACCCCCAGCUCCCAUGAGCGGCCCAGUGGCUCCAGGGCUCCCAGCUUUCCGGAGCCAGCCAGCUCGCCCAUGACUGCUGCUGCACCUCCGGAGAGAUCUCAACUCUCCGGGGGUGUGGGGCCUUCGGAGGGGGCCACGGUGGCCCUGGCCGUGGGCCCCUCUGGGCAGAGAAGCCGGAGCAGCUCCCGGUUGGGUCAAGCCAAGAGACAGGGAACGAGGUCCAGGGCGACAGUUGGAGAAAGCGACAAAGGCAAAGCCCGGUCCAGCGCCAGCAGCACCGGCCACAAGAAGCCAUCCAGGGAGCAGAGAUUGGAGUCGAAGGGGAAGUUGAAAUCGGCCCUGAGUUCAGCCAGGCACAGGAGUAGCCUCACCUUCGUGACCAUCUACAGCGCCCUGUCGAACUCACUGGACAAGCUGACGGGCGGGAAGCUGAGACAGAGAAGAAGCCAGGAAGAUGCCAAGACGCAGUUGUCUUCUAAGCCCUCCAAGCGGGUCACCAUCUCGGGCGUGGUGGAGCUGUCGGGCCAGGGCAGCCAGGAGACCAGCUCCGUGGCACCCUCAGCUAUGGAGAGCAGCGGGGAGCAGGGCCCGGCUGGCUCCGGGGCGGCUCCACAGCGGGAGAGCGGCCCACUGCCCAAGGCGCAGUCUGGGGGAUCUAGAGCCGUCACAGCUCCCAGCUCGCCCGAGCGAUCCAGAGCCUCCGUGGGCGUGGGGCGCUCGGCCGUGGCCACGGCCUCCGUGGGCGUGGGGCGCUCGGCAGUAACCACAGCGUCGGUGGCAGCAGGUCCUUCCAGGCUGGGCAGUGCCCAGCCCUCAGGGAUGGGCAGAGAGAUGGAGCCAGGCGGGAGAUCCAGGGAGCCGAGCAUGGAGAGGAGCCAAGCCCAGCUGGGCCUCGCCAGCCCCUCCACGGAGCAGGGCAGGUCCCGUUCCCGGAGCCCCACGGGGACGCCGAGCCAGCCAGGGUCUAGCGCCGUGUCCAGAGAUUCUGGAGCAGCUGGGCCUUCAGAGCGAUCCAGAGUCUCGGUGGCUGCCGGCCCUUCGGAGAUGGCCACGGUGUCGGUGGCCGUGGGUCCGUCCGAGCUGGGGCCGCGGAGCAGCGCCCGGCCCUCGGGGAGGGACCAGCUGAGCCUGCCAGGCAGGGGAUCUAGAGAGCGCAGCAAGGCGGGGAGCCAGAGUGGAAGUCGAAUCACCUCCCCGAGCGCCAUCAGGGAGGCUGGGACCCCCGGCGCCGUGGCUGCUCUGGGCAUGGAAGGCGAUGAUGUAUCUAGAGAGACAUCCAAGAAGUCCAGAGCCUCUGUGGCUCCAGGUUCUGCUGAGAAAUCCAGAGCCUCUGUGGCUCCAGGUUCUGCUGAGAAAUCCAGAGCGUCGGUGGCUCCAGGUUCUGCUGAGAAAUCCAGAGCCUCUGUGGCUCCAGGUUCUGCUGAGAAAUCCAGAGCGUCAGUGGCUCCAGGUUCUGCUGAGAAAUCCAGAGCGUCGGUGGCUCCAAGUUCUGCAGAGAGAUCCAGAGUCUCGGUGGCCGCUGGCCCAUCAGAGAAAUCCAGAGCAUCCGUGGCCGCCGGCCCUUCACAGCUGGCUACGGUGUCGGUGGCCGUGGGACAGUCCGAGCCAGGGUCUCUCAGCAGCGCCAGGACCCUGAGGACAGAUGCUCAGAGAGCUCCCCGCGCGGGGAAAAGUCGGCUCAGCUCCCCGUGCUCCGGGGCUCCUCUGGGGACGAAGGCCGGCGACACAUCCCCGGGCAGAGCCUCCCUGGGGAGAUCCGGGGAGCAGAGCCGAAGCCAGGCCAGGGAGGAAGGAGGGGCCCGUUCCCAGAGCCCCUCGAGCCAGGCGCCCCAUGCGAGAGCUGCAGUCUCCAAGGGCCAGGGGCCCAGCAGCACCCGGCCCUCGCAGCUGGACAGACAGGGGGAGCUGGGCUGGGGAUCCAGCAGACCCAGCACCACGAGGAGCCGGAGCAAAGGUCGGCAGGAAGACAAGCGGGACCCCUCUGAGGGGCACGCCGCCAGCAGAGGCGGCAGUGAGCAGGCUGCAAACAGAAUGAAAUCCCAGUAGAGGCCAGGCCGGACGCAGCCAGAGCUGGAGGAGAGGAUUCGUUGCUGGGCCUGGGGAGUCUUUCAGGGACAGGACGGCUGGAGGGCCCAGGCCAGGGGAUUGGGGCGGGGAGCAGCUAGGAUGCUCCCCAGCAGCCGGCCGGCUGGCCAGGGCACGGGGCAGCGAGUGUCACGGCUUUCCCGGCUUUGCCUAUUAAACUUUGCAGUGAACUUUGGGUCGGGGUUGUGUGUG